ACAAAUGGUAAGCCCAAACACAGAGGCCAACCCAGAUUGUGCUGCAAACAUUGCCCCUUCUUUCCUGAAAGGGAAAAACAAUAUCAAUGAUUGUUGCUCACAUUUUGGUUGAAAAACAAUUUUGGAUGGCUCAAUUGGUGAGAGCACCGACAAUCUGGUUCCAUCCUAAACUACUUCCUAAACAACCCAGAAACAGGAUGGCAUUGAAUACCAACAACACAACAGCUUCCUUAAACAACAAAACCAACAGCAGGAAGCUUCCCAUAUUGCUGUUUGACAUCAUGGACACCAUUGUUCGUGACCCUUUUUAUCAUGAUAUCCCUGCCUUCUUCGGAAUGUCUUUGGAGGAACUAAUAGACCUCAAGCAUCCAACUGCAUGGAUGGAGUUCGAAAAUGGGGUGAUUAAUGAGGAGGAACUAGCAAGCAAAUUCUUUAAAGAUGGAAGGCCUAUUGAUUUGGAAGGCCUAAAAAAUUGUGUGAGAAAAGGAUAUUCCUACAUAGAAGGAGUAGAGCGGUUGCUUCAAGCUUUGAAGCAAAACAACUAUGAGAUGCAUGCUUUCACAAAUUACCCCAUUUGGUACAAGAUAAUCGAGGACAAGUUAAAAAUUUCAAAUUAUUUAUACUGGACAUUUUGUUCAUGCAUAUAUGGAAAGAGGAAGCCUGAUCCUGAUUUCUAUUUGGCUGUUGUGCAACAUCUUAAAGUUGAUCCUGCGAGCUGUAUAUUCAUUGAUGACAGGAUCAAAAACGUUGAGGCUGCUGUAAGAGUUGGCAUUACUGGUCUUCAUUUCAAGAACGCAGAUUUACUACGGCAAGAGCUUCUGCGGUUAGGGGUUGACAUUCCAAUAGAUGGAGAUGUAAGUGAGGAUCAACUUAAGCCUGCUGAAGGACAGACAUUGUAAUAUCUAAACUUACACAUAUUAAACUAUAUAUCAGUGUUAGUCUUUUUUGGUAUUCUGCCUUCUUAAGAUUGAUCCAUUACGUUUUUUUUUUAAUAAA